AUGGCGGGACUCUUCCGCUUUCCUCGGGGGAGGCACCGGAGCAGCGAAGUCUCCUGCCGCACGCGGCAAAGGCAGGGUGGGCGGGUGGUCCUGCCCCACGGCCAGCACAGGCUCCGGCAGUCGUCAGAGACGGUGGUGCCGCAGGGCAGCUCCGAGAGCUCUGACCCUCGAAGGACAAACCCUCCUCGAGCACCGUCAGGCUUCGAUCCACUCAAACUCAAGGAUGAGAAGCUGGGCCGAGAAGCAGGAAGCCUUUUGGCUGCAGUGUCUCUGACCAAGCAGAUCCCAGGAACCCUGGGCCCAGGCCUGAGGGAGGCUGGCAGGUUCCCUUCCUCACCGACCCACAGUGGGAACACGGUGGCACACAUCGAUGGGGUGGGGUCCGAGAUCCAGUUCCACAAGCAGAAGCUGCUGCGUCUUGCUGUGGCUAUCGGCCGCCACGUGAAGACCGCAGGUGACGAGGUUGGGGACAAUGUUCACUUAGCUGUCCGUGUCCUGAUGCCACUGCUCGAGAGGAGCUGGCGGCACCUCCCAGCUUUGUGCACCAGGGGCGCCAGGGGCACCAGGGGCAGCUCCGUUGGUCAGAGCACCAUUCCGAUGCACGCAUCAUCCAAAUUGAAAAUAAAACCGUAA